CGCUCCCGGAGCCCCGAGCCCAGCCCGCCGGAGGCCAUGGAGCGGCGCGGCCCCGUCCACGCGCUGCCCGAGGAGAUCCGCAAGAUGCCCCGGGACCAGACAGUGUGCAAAUACUGCGGAGUCAGCUACCUGACCCUCCACGAGUUGAAGGUGAUGGAAGACAAAGUGAAAGCAAUGGAGAAGGAGAUGAAAGUUUACAAAGGAUGUCUAGAACGGGAGCAGAGGCUUCAGGCAGAGCUGCAGGCUCUUCACCACGACCUGGAGCGCUGCCGGGCUGAGAGCGAAUCCAAGACAGAAAGGAUAAAAGCCUUGACAGUGGAACUUAAAACCAAGCAGGAGGAGAUGAAAACUGUGAAAGCUGACUUGCAGUAUUUCCAGGAGGAGAAGGAAGCUGCCUACAAGCAGUCACAGGUGCUCAGAACUACCUUGGAACACCAUUGCUCCACUCUGAACAAGGCUGUCUCACUGUUCCCUUUCAUUAGAAGUGAAUUGGACAGUAUUAAAGAGGUCAUCUCCACCAACCUGGAGAACUUUGCUGCCAUGAAGGAAGAAAUUUUUCAGCAAAUAAAAGCCGUGAGCAAAGAAGCUCUGACAGAAAUCCCCAAAUUGAACCAAAGAUUGGCAAAAUCCCAGCGGGAGAACGAGUGUCUCCAGGAGAAGAUCAGACACCUCACUGGGGUGGCUGACACAGUUGAGCUGAAAACUCAGCAGCUCCAAACUUCCCUUCAGCAGGGGAACGAGCUCCAGAAUCGCUGCCGUGAGCUGCAGAAGGAAACUCUGGAUUUAACAAAUCAGGUGGAGACAGCUGGCCUGCAGCUGCAGAAGGUGACAGCAGAGCUGGACCACUACAAGAAGCUGUUGCUGGUGAAGUCAACAGAGCUUGAUGCCUGUCAAAAUGAACUGAAAAAGAUCAAAUAUGAAAAUGGAAUUGCUGAGUCCAGGCUUAUGAAAGAGCUGAAGGAAAAGGAGGAAUCCCUUCUCAUUUGCCAACAAAUCUGCAAGCAUUUACAGGAGGAAGUGGCUGAGAAAGAAAGGAAAGAAGAAGAUCUGAAAAGAAGAAGUGGGAGAUCAGAGAGUGAGCUGGAAACCCUGAAAGCUCUCCUGAGCCAAACAGAGCAGGAGGUGCUGAUGCUGAAACAGGAGAGGGAGCUGCUGCUGCUGUCCCAGCAGAACAGGACGGAGCAGCUGCAGGAGGCGCUCAGGCUGAAGGUUCGGAGCGAGGACUCCUGGAGGGACAAGCUGGAGAUGGACCUGGCCAAGGGGGAGGCUCGGCACAAAGAAGCAAUGCUGAAGGUCAGGGAGGAGGCCAGGGUGGAGCUGGAGCUGGAGAGACAGAAACAGCAGGAGCUGAUCAGCAAAUACCAGAGAGAGCAGGAGGAGCUGCAGCAGAAGAUCCCAGGUUUAAUAUCCAGUGCCACCAAGAGUUUGAGGAUGGAGACAGAAAUUCUGGAGAAGAAGCUCCAAGAUGCCCAAAUGAAACUUGCAGAGAAGGAUGGAGACAAGGAAAAAGAAAUCCAGGGCCUCAAAAGGCUCAUCAGUGAGCUGGAAUUCCAGCUGACCAUGGAGAAGAGCAACAGUGAAUCAUUCCUGGACAAACUGAGGAAAGAAGUGAAGCACAAGUCAGAUGAGCUGGAAAAAUUAACCCAGGAGAAGACACAGCUGAUUCACAGUUUGAGUCAAGUGCAAGAGGAGGUCCUGCAAGACCUUUCAUAGUCUGUAGCCUCAUGUCCCACUGCCCAAAGAUGAGUAAACAAUGAAGAAUUCCCAGUUUUUAGAGUAGAAGACACGGAUAUUUGCCAUUCCUUGAACUGGUGUCCCAGCUGCCACCAGGGCAGCCACAUUCCCUGACUCAGGAAUGCAUAAAAAUGAAUUAAAUGCAAAGAGAAAUCCAAGUGAUGGCUGAGCUGACCACAAACAUUUGCUGAAUGCUUGGAAUAUGAUGGGAAGGGAGCAGAGAGCUGCUCCACGUGGGAAAUGUGGAGCAGGGGCUGCAGAUAAGAUUAGGCUGGAAUGUCCAAAGCAGCUCAUGGCAGGAAAAAGAAUUGGUCAACAGCAAAAACAAAACUCUCCCAAGUGAGUUGGUGCUGGGGUUGGAAGUGUUCCAGAAAGGUGGGGAAAGGUGUGGGGGGAGUUCCAGUGGGGCUGUGCCUGAGGAUGGGGACAUGGGAUGGAGGCAGGGCUGGGACAAGAGGGGGACAACAUGGCCUUGCCAUGAGUGAUCCUGGGGUUCCAUGGGUUCAUUCCUGCUUCCACACCCGACUCCAUGUGCUCAGACAUGAUUCCAUGUGCUCAUACCUGGUUCCAUGUGUUCAUACCUGACUCCAUGUGUUCAUACAUGACUCCAUGUGCUCAUACCUGGUUCCAUGUGUUCAUACCUGACUCCAUGUGUUCAUACAUGACUCCAUGUGCUCAUACCUGGUUCCAUGUGUUCAUACCUGACUCCAUGUGUUCAUACAUGACUCCAUGUGCUCAUACCUGGUUCCAUGUGUUCAUACCUGACUCCAUGUGUUCAUACAUGACUCCAUGUGCUCAUACCUGGUUCCAUGUGUUCAUACCUGACUCCAUGUGUUCAUACAUGACUCCAUGUGCUCAUACCUGGUUCCAUGUGUUCAUACCUGACUCCAUGUGUUCAUACAUGACUCCAUGUGCUCAUACCUGGUUCCAUGUGUUCAUACCUGACUCCAUGUGUUCAUACAUGACUCCAUGUGCUCAUACCUGGUUCCAUGUGUUCAUACCUGACUCCAUGUGUUCAUACAUGACUCCAUGUGCUCAUACCUGGUUCCAUGUGUUCAUACCUGACUCCACGUGUUCAUACAUGGUUCCAUAUCUGAUUUCAUAUCUCAUUCCAAACCUGGUUUCAUUCCUGAUUCCAUACAUGGUUCCACACCUGAUUCCAUAUCUAGUUCCAUAUCUGGUUCCAUGUGUUCAUGUCUGGUUCUAUACCUGAUUUCAUAUCUGGUUCCAUUCCUGAUUCCAUAUCUGGUUCCACAUCUGUUUCCAUGCAUUCAUACCUGGCUCUACACCUGGUUCCAUACCUGAUUCCAUGCAUUCAUACCUGGUUCCACACCUGGUUCCACACCCAGUUCCAUGUGUUCACACCUGGUUCCACACCUGGUUCCACACCUGGUUCCAUGGCUCCAUGCAGGUCGUGCUCUCCCACUGCCGACACUCACAGGGAAACAGCAGCAUUAACCCCUUGGUGUCUGCACCUCUGUCCAUGAUUGCCUUUCCUUCCCAGAGCAGCAUUCCCAGUUCUCCCAGCUGCAGGGACAGAUUGCCAGGAGUGUCC